CAAAGUAGCUCUGAGAACAAUCACCUGUUGAUGGCAGCUAUGCAGCUCACCCUGUUCUGCUUUGUGUGUCUGCUGCCAGGCCACCUGGCCAUGCCACUGUCCCAGGAAGCUGGAGAUACGAGCGCACAUCAGUGGGAACAGGCUCAGAAUUAUCUUAGAAAAUUUUACCUUCACGACUCUAAAGCAAAGAAGGCCGAUAGUCUAGUGGACAAACUCAAGGAAAUGCAGAAGUUCUUUGGCCUGCCCAUGACUGGAAAACUAUCCCCCCGAAUCAUGGAAAUAAUUCAGAAACCUAGGUGUGGCGUGCCAGAUGUUGCAGAAUACUCACUAAUGCCAAACAGUCCAAAAUGGCAUUCCAGAAUUGUCACCUACAGAAUCGUAUCCUAUACUUCAGACUUACCUCGGAUCUUAGUGGAUCAAAUCGUGAAAAAAGCUCUCAGAAUGUGGAGUAUGCAGAUCCCACUGAACUUCAAGAGGGUUAGUUGGGGGACUGCAGAUAUCAUAAUUGGCUUCGCAAGGGGAGAUCAUGGAGACAACUUCCCAUUUGAUGGGCCAGGGAACACUCUAGGUCAUGCCUUCUCACCUGGGCCAGGCCUAGGCGGAGAUGCUCACUUUGACAAGGAUGAGUACUGGACUGAUGGUGAGGACGCAGGAGUGAACUUUCUAUUUGCUGCCACCCAUGAAUUUGGCCACUCUCUGGGUCUGAGUCACUCUUCUGUUCCUGGUUCUGUGAUGUACCCUACCUAUCAAAGAGGCCACUCAGAAGACUUCAGUCUUACAAAGGACGACAUUGCAGGCAUUCAGAAGUUAUAUGGAAAGAGAAACAAGCUGUGGUAAAUGCAGACAGUUCACGGAAACUGUCUGCACUCACUGGGUCCUCUAUUGCAUUCCUCAGCUGGCAUGAGCAAACGCCCUUCCUGAGCUGCACCUGUUCCCCUCUUCCUUGUACUGUGAAUGGUUUUGCACAUCCCUCUGAGGGUCAUCUUGAUGGAGUGAUUCUGACGAAUCUCAGGUAACAUGAAGUUGAUAGACAUCAACAAUAAAUGUCAUGUGCACAAAUA